CGCCAGUUGACGUAUGCUAGCUCAUAGCUAACGUUAGCUGUCAGCCGGGUUCAGUCAUUGUGCAGGGAUGGAGGUGACACGCCGAAAUUUUAAGGACAGUUUGAACGCGGUGUACAGUGCGAUAGAGGAGGCUGACUUUCUCGCCAUCGAUGGAGAAUUUUCAGGGAUAAGCGACGGUCCUAAUGUCAGUGCACUAACCAACGGGCUGGACACACCAGAGGAGCGAUACACGAAGCUUAAAAAGCACUCCAUGGACUUUCUGUUGUUCCAGUUUGGAAUAUGCACAUUCACAUACGACCAGACAAAGUCAAAGUAUAUUAUAAAACCUUUUAAUUUUUAUAUUUUCCCGAAACCGUUCAACAGGACGUCCCCUGACAUAAAGUUCAUUUGUCAAAGUUCCAGUAUUGAUUUCCUGGCCAGUCAAGGGUUCGAUUUCAACAAGGUGUUCUGUAAUGGAAUCCCAUACUUAAAUCAAGAAGAAGAAGCCCAGCUGAGGGAGCAGACGGAGGAAAGGAGAAAUCAACAUGCUAACGGUGUAGGCACGCCGUCCUACAUCUCUCCAUCCUCCUCCAAAGGCCCAGCACACGUACCCGAGGAGCACAAAGACUUCAUCAACAGGGUUAUAGAGAAGGUUGAGGCACUCUUCACUAACUCUGAGAAGACUUUGGACUUGGAGCCAUGCACUGGCUUUCAGAGGAAGCUGAUAUACCAGACGCUGAACUGGAAGUUUCCCAAAGGGCUUCACGUGGAAACCAUCGAAACAGAAAAGAAGGAGCGAUUCAUCCAGGUCAGCAAAGUGGAUGAUGAGGAGAGGAAGAGGAGGGAACAGCAGAAACUGGAGAAAGAGCAGGAGGAGCUAAAUGAUGCUGUUGGCUUCUCCAGGGUCGUCCACGCCAUCUCAAAAUCUGGUAAACUUGUGGUCGGCCACAACAUGCUGCUGGAUGUGAUGCACACCAUUCACCAGUUCUACUGCCCUCUGCCAGAGGAUCUUCAAGACUUUAAAGAGGUCACAAUGUGUGUUUUCCCAAGACUUCUGGACACAAAGUUAAUGGCUUCCACACAGCCUUUUAAGGAAAUGAUCACCAACACCUCACUGGCAGAGUUGGAGAAACAGCUGAAGGAGGGCCCCUUCAAGUCACCACAAGUUGAAACGGCUGAGGGGUUCCCCAGUUACGACACAGCCCAGGAACAGCUCCACGAGGCUGGCUACGACGCUUACAUCACUGGCCUCUGUUUCGUCUCAAUGGCCAACUACCUGGGCUCUUUCUUAACUCCACCCAAAGCAUACAUCUCUGCUCGCUCCAAGCUAAUUGAGCCUUUCUUCAACAAGCUUUUCCUGAUGAGGAUAAUCGAUAUUCCCUACCUCAACAUCACAGGACCAGAUUUGCAACCUAAAAGAGACCACGUCCUGUAUGUCACCUUCCCAAAAGAGUGGAAGACGAGUGACCUCUACCAGCUGUUCAGUGCCUUUGGGAACAUCCAGGUUUCAUGGAUAGACGACACGUCAGCAUUUGUGUCCCUAAGUCAGACGGACCAGGUACAGAUAGCUAUGAACACCAGCCGCUACGCAGAGAGCUACAGGAUCCAGACGUAUGCAGAGUACAUCCAGGCUAAGCAGGAGAAGGAGAAGUCUGGCCAGACGCCCAAAACUUGGGGCGAGGACGGCUGGGUGAAGUCUCACUACUCCUCCACUACGUCUGCUGGUUUUGGUUAUCCCAGGGGUUUGAGGAAACGCAGCAUCAGUCCCGUUCAGGGCGAGCAGGCGGCCGGCGACGCUGUAAUUACAGAUGGCUGGAGUCACUACUCGUACCCGGAUAGCGCAGGCGGCAAGAAGAUGAAAACUGAUGACAUAAGUGGACAGGCAAAUACAGAAGCCGUCGAGAGCAAGACCUCAGAGGGAUGGUUAAAGACGGCAGAUUCAUCAGAAUCAGCGGGGUUGAGUCCAAUUCCCGAUGAGGAGGAGGAGGAGGAGGAGGAGGGAAGUCCUGAAGGCAUUGAUCCAGCCAAUAAUAGUGAGGGCACAGUCACCUGGCAACAAGCCACAACAAGGAAAGGUCAAAAGAACAAGAAAAAGAAAACUGAAGGUGCUAAAUCUACAACGUCACUGUUUGAGGUCCCAGAAGUUUGGUAGCGAGAGGUGAGGAGUGGAGAGGCCACUGUCCCACACCGAGCUCCGGCUCCGGGUCUCUUCAGAAGCACUUGGGCUGCUCUCCUCUGAGGUCGUACAUCACUGGGACUGGUGCACGCCCUAAAUUCAUUCGUUCACUCAACAGCUGUGGAUACCGUGUCCAGAGCUACCAGCCAGCCUAGCUACUUGACUGGACUAUUGAAAGAGAGAACACAAGCCAUAACGACAGCUGCCAUAUUUUGAUCUCGUACCAGAGGAGCAGGCAACUCCUCUGUGUAAACACGCACACACCACUAGAAUCUAAAAAGCUAAACUCCACAAAUGUUCAUUUAUUCUGUGUUCAGACUGGAAUCUGCCACCACAGCCACGCCAUCACUUUGAAAUCAUCCAUUUUAAUGAUCGUCGCCUCCGUCAGUCUUAUAUUUUGUGAGUGUGGGUUGUGUGCGAGUUCGUGCAUGUGAGGGAGAUGUACAUUUUAUCCAGUCUUUGUAUCCCUGUGAAUCUGUUUCAUAAAUCUUCAGAGAUGAAAUACCUUUACUUUUCUUUACCUUUUUUGUGUUUAAUGUUUUGUAACCGUGUCAACCUGCAACAAUGUUAAGGUAUGUUCAAAAGGUGUAAACGUUAAGAUGACGUAUACAUUUUUGUAUAAGAAAGUUUUAUUUCCUUGAAAAGGGGAAAAAAUUAAAGAAUGUUUCUUAAUAUC